CUCCCCCGCCGCCGCCUCGCCUCCCGGCCUCCCUGAUGCCGAGGGAUGGAUAGAGCGGCUGCCCUGCGAGCCGCCGGCAUGCUGGAGAGGAAGGAGCGGAGCGGCGGCGAGGCGGCGGGGCCGCGGGGCUUGCCGGCCGUGCGGAGCACGCUGCAGCAGUGCGGGCUGCUGCAGGACCUCAUCGACAUCUCGCUCUCCAACCUGCGCGGGCUCCGCACCAAGUGCGCCGCAUCCAACGACCUCACGCAGCAGGAGAUCCGCACGCUGGAGGUGAAGCUCAUUGACUACAUCCACCGGCAGCGGCAGUGCAAGCUGAGCGUGCCCCUGAGCGACCGCACGGCCGAGCUCAACAGCUACCCCCGCUUCAAUGACUGGCUGGACAUCGUCAACGUCAGGAAGGAGGUGGUGCAGAGAAUACCAGAGGAGCUGACCCUGGAUGCCUUACUAGAAAUGAAUGAGUCCAAGGUGAAAGAAACAAUGAAGAGAUGUGGAGCCAGAGAUGAGGAGUGCUCCAGGCUCAACGGGGCCCUGAGCUGCCUGCGGAAGGUGACGGAGUCAGGAGGGGAGCUGAGGGACGAUGUGCCCGUGGCCCUGCCCGAGCGCCGGGACAGCUCCAGCUCGCAGCCGGACCCCGCCUGGUCCCCGAGUGCCCCGGCCAAGGGCAGCCAGCAGCAGCAGCAGCAGCGCUCCGUGCCCACAGCCCCGCCCUGCGAGCCGGCCCCGAGCCACGGGCCCUGUGGGCCGGUCGAGGCCCUGCUGGAGCCGCUGGUGCUGCCCGCGGCCGGGGGCAGGCCCAGGACCCCGCACAGCAUCACCGUCACCCCCCCGGCCACGCCGCAGCCCAAGCGCCGGCACCGCCUGAAGCCGCCGCGGACGCCGCCGCCGCCCUGCCGCAAGGUGUUCCAGCUGCUGCCCGCCUUCCCCACCCUCACCAGGAGCAAGUCCCACGAGUCUCAGCUGGGCAACAGGAUAGACGAAGUUCCGCCAAUAAAGUUCGAGCUCUCCCAGGGAUCCCCCCAGACGGUACGAAGAGACUUCGGCCUGGCUGUGACCCACAGGUUCUCCACAAAGUCCUGGUUAUCUCAGAUUUGCCAGGUGUGCCAGAAGAGCAUGAUGUUCGGGGUGAAGUGUAAGUACUGCAGAUUAAAAUGUCACAACAAAUGUACUAAAGAGGCACCUGCUUGUAGACUAUCCUUCCUUCCCAUAACAAAAAUAAGAAGAACAGAGUCUGUCCCGUCUGAUAUCAAUAAUCCAGUAGACAGACCCACAGAACCCCAGUUUGGAACUCUCCCCAAGGCACUAACUAAAAAGGAGCAUCCACCAGCAAUAAACCACCUGGACUCUAGCAGUAAUCCUUCUUCCACAACCUCAUCCACUCCCUCUUCUCCUGCACCUUUCCAGUCUUCCAACCCUCCCAGUGCGACGCCGCCCCCAAACCCGUCCCCCAUGGGCCAGAGGGACGCGAGGUUCAACUUCCCAGCUGCCUACUACCUUCAGCAUAGACAACAGUUUGUCUUCCCAGAAAUUCCCAGUCCUGCACAAACAGCACAGCUUCCAGAAACUGCUGCAGACACUAAUGCUGCCCAGCAGCCGGGCACGGGCGGAGGCGCACGGGAAGCUCAGGUGGAGGAGCCAGAGGCGAGUAAGUCAGAGCCUGAGGACGAUGAGGAUGAGGUGGAAGAUUUGCCCAACCGGCGGCCGCACCUGCAGGGGAUGAUCUACCGCAAACCCAGCCAGACCAGCGUGUACCUGCAGGAGUGGGACAUCCCCUUCGAGCAGAUCCAGCUGGGGGACCCCAUCGGCCAGGGCCGCUGGGGCAAGGUCUACAAGGGCAAGUGGCACGGGGAGGUGGCCAUCAGGCUGCUGGAAAUUGAUGGCAACAACCAGGAUCAUCUCAAGCUCUUCAAGAAGGAGGUGAUGAACUACAGGCAGACCCGGCAUGAGAACGUGGUGCUGUUCAUGGGGGCCUGCAUGAACCCCCCUCACUUAGCAAUCAUUACCAGCUUCUGCAAAGGAAGGACGCUGCACUCCUUUGUGAGGGACCCCAAGAUCUCCCUGGACAUCAACAAGACCAGGCAGAUAGCACAGGAGAUCAUUAAGGGCAUGGGGUAUCUCCACGCAAAGGGGAUUGUACAUAAGGACCUGAAAUCCAAAAACGUCUUCUAUGACAAUGGGAAAGUAGUGAUCACCGACUUUGGAUUGUUUGGAAUUUCGGGUGUGGUUCAGGAAGGAAGGAGGGAGAAUGAACUGAAGCUGCCUCAUGACUGGUUGUGCUACCUGGCCCCUGAGAUUGUCCGUGAGAUGGCUCCAGGGAAGGAUGAAGACAAGCUGCCUUUCUCCAAAGCUGCAGACAUCUACGCCUUUGGGACCGUGUGGUACGAGCUGCAGGCACGGGAGUGGCCGUUCAAGAGCCAGCCUGCAGAGGCUCUCAUCUGGCAGAUCGGCAGCGGCGAGGGAGUCAGACAGGUCCUGGCCACUGUCAGCCUGGGCAAAGAGGUCAAUGAAAUCCUCUCGGCCUGCUGGGCCUUCGACCUCAGCGAGAGGCCCAGCUUCACUGUCCUCAUGGAAAUGCUUGAAAAGCUGCCAAAACUCAACCGCCGGCUCUCCCACCCAGGGCACUUCUGGAAGUCUGCUGACAUUAACAGUAGCAAAGUUGUCCUGCGAUUUGAAAGAUUUGGCUUGGGGAUCCUGGAAGCGAGUAACCCAAAGCUGUAGGCGGUGGCAUUGUGACCGUGCUGCUGCCUCUCCCACCCAGCACCAGAACCUCCGCGGCCGCUCCGCGCCGAGCCUGGUGCUGAAGACAUCAGCUCAGCCCCGUGUCCUGCCUGAGCACCAGCAGUUAUUUAAACAAUGUUUACAUGAUACUUUUGUGUGAACUAUAUUUUUUUAAACAUAAUAAACAGUGAAUCAAGUUGAACUACAGCCAUUCUCGAAUAGCACUGAAAAAGAGAAGAGCUGUUCUGGUUCCUCUGGUCAGUGGGAGCCUCUCUCUGCCUGCAGAGCCCCACUGGGACGGGGCUGGGGGAGGUGUUGGCCUCCAGAGCUCAGCUCAGGUCUCUCCUGAAGGUCAAGCCCAGCCUGCUGCACUGGGACUUGCCCAAACCACUCCUGGUUUCAGCAGGGCUGGGGCACCCUGAGUUCAGCUACAGCAGAACAGAGCUGCUGGCCAUGGGGCUGGCUCUCACUUAAUGACUCCAGAGCUCUUCUCCACAGAACUCACACUAAAACCUGCUCCUUCUCAUACAAUCCCAGAGGAAUUAAGAAUUGCUGGCCUUAAAAAAUAGCUCUGCACAGGGACCAAAUUCUUCUCUUGAAGUUCAGGCACAAGUUCGAGUGCAGGGAAAGGCAAGAGAGACAGGACAAGGGAAAAGCUGUCCCUCAAUAAUGCAUUAACUAAAGCCUUGAUGCACAGAGGUUCAGAGCCCUGCACACACACACAGCGGUGCCACUGCCUACAGUUGGCCACCUUUGAGCUUGCAAGUUCUUUGUUUGACAAACAUAGGACUAAAGCAGUUGAUUUGAGGAAAAAACCUUUCAAAUGACAGAAAUCCUGUAACCAAGAAGGCAGUGUCUGGGCCUGGAGGUUCUGCCUGACCCAAACAGCUCAAACUUGUUUCAGUAGUUUUAAAACCAAAACCCAACUCUCCCUCCAGUGCAGUGUGGAGAUUGUGGAGGUGACAGUGACCACACUGAGGUUACAGAUGCAUCAUCCCCCUUGGAAAUAAAUCAUUUGCAGGCCCUGGUACCAGCGGCUCCCCUUUCCCCACCUCAGCUCAGGAUCAUCCCCUGUGAGCAGGCAGAGCACCAGGCCUCAGUUUGGCUGCCUUGUGUGAGGAGCUGAGCGGCACAAAACCUGAGUUCUGUUGAGCAGAGAGCCUCAGUCCUGUGUACAAGUCGGUUGUAGCAUCUUACAAGUGUGAAAAGAUUUCUCAAUGUGUCUCAGAUCUAAAAGAGGAACAGGUUUGGCUUGGGCAGGCACUGCAGCGCUGUCCUGAUCCCUGUCCCCCUGGGGCUCUGCUGCUCUCACUACGGGGUGGCAGCAGCCUGAAGCAGAAGUUGGUUUUGCCCAAGUGCUGUUCAAGUGGGAGCAGCACAACAGAAACCCUGAGCAGGGAAAGGCACUGCCCUGCGUGGGCUCCUGCCUGGGGAGGGCAGGGCAGGAGCUGCUGCUGGAUGCAGACUGGCCCAUGCUCAGGGUCCAGGGCAGCAGCAGCCUCAGAGUGCUCCUCACUCCGGUUUUGGGUGCACAGAGCAGGCCCUGAGGGCUGGGACAGUUCUGGGUGGGGUCAGCGGCCCGGCUGGGCCCGGGUUCUGUGUCCCUGGGUCCCUCCCGGGCAGGUCAGGCUGUGCCCGGGGAGCCCUUUGUGCCCUGCCCGGCUCAGGCUGGGACGUGCCCUGGUCACAGCCUGCCCUUAACGGGGACACGGGGACUGCAGCCCAGCCUGACCUGGAGCACAAAGCUCCUCCUGAGCCCCAGAGCAGCCCGAGGAGCCGCCGGCAGUGCCUGGGGGCUGGUUUUGGGUUUGGUCAGCCAGGGGCACUGGCCGGGCCCGGGGGCUCCGGGGCACUCGGAGCUGUCCCAGCCCCGCACACCAAGCUCAGUCCCGGGUUGUGUUCGUGCCACAGUCCCGCCCCCCGUCCCGGUGGAGCUGUCAAUGUGACAAUGCCGUGCAAUGCUGCUACAGGAGCCACAUGUCAGUAGUGAAUGUAAAUGGUUGUAACAUGGUGAACAUGGACAAGUUUUCUUUUCAAAUGUGAUGUAAACUUUGUACAGUACAAAUUUUUUUUUUAUAUUUUCUAUGAACUGAGUGUCUUCCAGAAUUGCUAUUAAAUUAAUUACAAAUUGUUAGAAUUAACAACAGUUUCUGUAUUAGUUUAUGCAACCAGAAAAAAAAAGGAAAAAAAAAAGAGUGCACUCUAUGCUACUGGAAUUCUGGAUAUGUAGGAAUCUUUUCAGUGAAUAAAUCUUUGGUCUGGGUAAA